AUGACAAACGGGUGGCUUCCUAAUAGUUUGGAGUAUUUGGAUAUAGGUUCUAUUAAAAGUACCGAGCCGAUUCACCUUCCUCCUAGAAUCAAUACCCUCUCAUUGGAAAGGGUAGAUGUACUUCCAAUUGGUUUCCUUCCAUCAUCGCUCAAGGUAUUGAGAAUCGAACAAUCUACCGAUUCUAGAAUCGAGCCUGGAGCUUUUCCUGAUGGACUAGAAACUCUUCGACUUCGUCAUUACCGUGGUCCUCUCAAUAGAUUGGCUUUACCAAACUCAAUCAAAACAUUGGACAUUUAUCGUUGUAAUAUACAUGAUUUGGAAGAUCUUGUUCUCCCAAACAAACUUGUGGAAUUCACUUGUUCAGACUGGGAACACAGGAAAGCACCCAAACAUUACCCACCAUCUAUCAAGACCAUUCAAUACUACGACUUAAAACAACCAAUCUAUUUUAUUCCAUCAUCUUUGACAUCAUUUAGAUGUUUGGCAGUACCAAUUCAUCCUGACGAUCCGAUUUAUGGUCCAAAAAUCAAUUGGGAAUUAAUUAAUAAUAAUAAUAAUAAUAAUAAUAAUAAUAAUAAUAAUAAUAAUAAUAAUAAUAAUAAUAAUAAUAAUAAUAAUAAUAAUAGUGCUCUACUCCUACCAAACAAUUUAAAACAUAUUGAUUUCCAAAAAUCCAUAAAUGGUCGUUUGAAGAAGAAUAACUAUCAACCGCUCUACAUCAACUAUAAAACAAGCACUUUCGAUUAUGAUGAUGAAGAUAUAAAAGUAAUAGUAUCCCUUAGCGCCCAAAAUCCAAAUCUUCAAUCAGAUGAAUAUUAUGGUGACUAUGACGAAUGGAACAUGUAA